GCCGCCAUCACCGCCUCCCUCUCCCGCCUCCUCCUCCUCCUCCUCCGCGCUCCCCAGCCUGCGGCCGGGCCCGCGUCGCUCGGGGCCCCGCCCAUGAGGCGGCGGCGGCGGCGGCGGCGGUGGUGGUGGUGGUUGCGGUCGGGCCGUGGCUGGGGCUGGGGGCAGGCGCCUGCCCGAGGGGCGGCGGCGGGCCGGGGCUGAGGGCCCUGAUGCGGCUGCGGCCGCGGCCGCUCCGCCGCCGGGAGAGGCCUCGCCCCGGUGCCGGGCCCCAUGCACCCCAGAAUGAAUGAAAUGAACUUGAGUCCUGUAGGGAUGGACCAGCUGACCUCAUCCUCUGUGAGCAAUGCCCUGCCAGUCUCGGGGAGUCACUUGGGAUUGGCAACGUCACCCACUCACAAUGCCAUACCAGCACCAGGCUUGCCUGUUGCAAUUCCAAACUUGGGCCCCUCCUUGAGUUCCUUGCCCUCAGCUCUAUCUCUGAUGCUCCCAAUGGGUAUUGGGGAUCGAGGAGUGAUGUGUGGUAUACCAGAGAGAAACUACACCCUACCUCCUCCACCGUACCCUCACCUGGAGAGCAGCUAUUUCAGACACAUUCUACCUGGUAUCUUAUCUUACUUGGCUGACAGACCUCCACCUCAGUACAUCCAUCCCAACACUAUAAAUGUUGAUAGCAAUCCGGCAUUGUCAGUCUCCAGCAAUCCCUCGGCCCUAGAUCCCUACCAGCCCAGUGGAAGCGUGGGGCUGGAACCAGGGAUUGUCUCCAUGGACUCCCGCACAGUGAACACGCAUGGUGCUCAAAAUCUGCAUCCUAGUGACAGCCAUGAGGUAGCGCUGGAUACUACAAUCACUAUGGAGAGCGUUUCGAGGGUAACCAGCCCCAUCUCUACAGAUGGGAUGACAGAGGAGCUUACGAUGGAUGACGUAGCUGGGGAUCAUUCACAGAUCCCGAACAGCUCCCGGAGCCACGAACCUUUAGCCGUAGACACGGUGGGGAGUAACUUGACGUCAGACGCUGUGGGACACGGAGGUGUCAUUCCUAUUCACGGUAGCACUUUGGAACUCCCUGUCGUCAUGGAGCCCGACCACAUCGCUGGGCGGGUGACAGGAAUAUCAGACAGCACACUAAAUGACUCAAUUCAUACUGUGGCCAUGAGCACCAACUCUGUGAGUGUGGCGCUCUCUACCUCACACAACCUGGCUUCCUUGGACUCGGUAGCCUUGCACGAAGUGGGCCUCAGCCUUGAGCCGGUGGCAGUGUCUUCCAUAAAUCAGGAAGUAGCCAUGGGGCCAAGUCACGUGGAUGUGGCUGCAGACAAUCUUGCCUUCGUACCAUCCUCUCUGCAAAUGGAAGACUCCAAUUCGAACAAAGAGAACAUGGCAACCUUGUUUACCAUAUGGUGCACACUGUGUGACAAGGCAUAUCCAUCGGACUGCCCAGAUCAUGGGCCCGUCACCUUUGUCCCCGACUCCCCGAUAGAGAGCCGAGCCAGGCUUUCUCUACCUAAGCAGCUUGUCCUCCGGCAGUCUAUCAUGGGAGCUGACGUGGGUGUGUGGACACGAGAAACCAUUCCUGUAAGGACUUGUUUUGGACCUUUGAUCGGGCAGCAGAGCCAUUCUCUGGAGAUGGCUGACUGGACAGACAAAGCAGCCAGUCACAUCUGGAAGAUCUAUCACAGUGGUGUCCUGGAGUUCUGCAUCAUUACAACUGAUGAAAAUGAAUGUAACUGGAUGAUGUUUGUACGCAAAGCCAGGAACCGGGAAGAGCAGAAUCUGGUAGCUUAUCCUCACGAUGGAAAAAUUUACUUUUGCACCUCUCGGGACAUCCCACCUGAACACGAGCUUCUCUUUUAUUACAGUCGGGACUAUGCACGACAGCUUGGUGUCCCUGAACAUCCGGAUGUGCACAUCUGCCACUGUGGAAAGGAAUGCGCUUCCUACGCGGAGUUCAAGGCCCAUUUGAGCAGCCAUAUUCACAACCACCUCCCCAGCCAGGGGCACAGCAGCAGCCACGGGCCAGGCCACGGCAAGGAGAGGAAGUGGAAAUGCUCCAUGUGUCCCCAGGCUUUCAUCUCCCCUUCCAAGCUCCACGUCCACUUCAUGGGGCACAUGGGCAUGAAGCCACACAAGUGCGAUUUCUGUAGCAAAGCUUUCAGUGAUCCUAGCAACUUACGGACACAUCUCAAGAUACACACAGGCCAGAAGAAUUAUCGCUGUACCCUCUGCGACAAAUCGUUCACCCAGAAGGCUCACCUGGAAUCGCACAUGGUCAUUCACACUGGGGAGAAGAACCUGAAGUGCGAUUACUGUGAAAAGCUAUUCAUGCGGAGGCAGGACCUCAAGCAGCACGUACUCACUCACACACAAGAACGGCAGAUCAAGUGCCCCAAGUGUGACAAGCUGUUUCUGAGGACAAAUCACCUGAAGAAGCAUCUCAAUUCACAUGAAGGAAAGAGGGACUAUGUCUGUGAAAAAUGCUCCAAGGCUUAUCUAACCAAAUAUCACCUCACUCGCCACUUAAAAAUCUGUAAAGGCCCCACGUCCAGCCUGUCGGCCCCAGAGGAGGAAGAGGAGGAUGAUUCAGAGGAGGAAUUAAUAGACUCUAUGAGGACUGAAGACUGUGGGAUUAACAGUGGAGUCUAUUCAACAGGUGAUGCCCUCUCUGGACACAAAUGAAGAAAAGAGAGAGAGGGAGAGGGAAAUUUUCUUGGAUAAUGAGGGGGAAAAAAAAAAACAACCCUCUUCCUUGUCUCCCCAGUCAACAGCAUAUGUCAAAUGAGGAGUUUACCUUCUGUUUUGGUCUCUGCACUACCACCGCUUAAUAAACUCUGUAGCCAAAACACUGAAUGAGAAUGGAUAGCGCAUGUACAAGUGAAGAAUUGCUAAGAAGGGAAUGUGAGGCAAGGAGUGGUGGGGUUUUUUGGGGUUUGGUUUUUUUUUUUUCCACAUACUGUGCAUACUUCUUUUCCAAAUCACUCAGAUUAAUCCAUCCAGCGCUGGGAUACCUGACACACCUUGCAUAGCCCUUUGCGUAAAGAGCCACAAACCAGAAAUGUAGUUGAGUGAUUGUGGGGACCUGUACGCCAACUGCUCUUAACUGCCAAAGCCGCGACAAUAAGAAAAACAAACAAAAAAAAUGGUGGUAGCAGUUGAUGUACUUUGCUUUUUAGUACUUUUUAACUGAAGGAUGUGGUUUGGCACAAAGCAAAGACUGGUCAAUGCUCAGGUUUCCUUCUUUUGGGGGAAAAAAAAAAAAAAAGCUAGUGAAAUCAGCAUUUACAGACAAAGCAGUUGCCCCACUACAGAAAAUCAAACAUUGGCUUUUGGAGAACAGUUAUUGCCGCUUCUCACUCGAAUAUGUGAGCAGGUGAAGAGGUGAAGACUGUAUAGCUCAGUAAGGAAGCGGCUUACAGAUGAUGGGACAGUGUUUACAGUAUGUAUUACUUCUUGUGCUGUAAACCUUUUACCACCUAGAAUGAUGGAAGGGUUUGCUGCUAAUAUUAUUUAUGGAAUGAAGAUGUAUUUCAUUCGGUUGUUUUGAAAAAAAUUAAAAAUGUGGCUCUUUUCUAAUGUUCUUUUUUUUUUAAUAUUUACACAUUCUGAAGAUAAAAAAAGUUCCUAUCAUCUCUGAUAAUGAUGCGAAGAGAAGUAACACCAUUUUUUCAUCAUCUGCCUCUGCCAAGCUUUCCGGGGACAAGGUAUGGGUAGGAGCACCUCCAUGAACCAGCACCCCUAAGAACCGGUCUUUAAACCGUGUCGCUUUGCUGUGUGGCUCCUCUGGCUGUGCUGCAAAAGAAAAGUAGGCUGAGCUCUCUUCUCUGACAAGGUGGUGGGAGGUUCUCUUGUGAAAGGGGUUCCAGUUCUUGCCCUAAAGGGCCUAAGUU